AUGCCCCCCAAGAAUAACUACGACGUCGCCAUAAUCGGCGGCGGCCCAAUUGGCCUCUCGACCGCCCACGAACUCGCCAAAGCCGGGCACUCCGUCGUCGUCCUCGAACAAUACAACUUCUUCAACCAGGCCGGCAGCUCCGGUGACCUCCAACGCAUGUUCCGAACAACGUACACGGAGGAUUUCAUGGCCGAUCUGGCAUACGAGAGCAUGAGGGUCUGGGAGGAGCUUGAAGCGGAGGCAGGAGAGACGCUACGCUGGAUGACGGGGUUGUUGAAUUUUGGGAACCCGGAGUAUCAUGAGAGAGGUCCGGAAGGAACGCUCCUCGGCCCUAUUGAGAAUCUGAAACGACUGGGUAUGGAAUAUACAGUAUAUACCAAAUCUGAUAUCGAAAGGUCCUACCCCUUCACUAACCUCCCGGACGACUAUAUCGGUAUCUACGCGCCGGAUAACGGUAUUAUCAACGUUCCUCUUCUAGUGAGGACAUUGUACCGUCUUGCAAAGCAGAAUGGAGCCCAGAUGCAUUCACACACGCAGGUUACGCGACUAGAUCCAGAAAGUGUAGGACAGGGCUGGCGCAUAUCCGCCAUCCAAGAAGGCCAACCGGUUACAUACCACGCAGACAAAAUUGUUUUGACAUGCGGAGCAUACAUCAACUCUAUUCUCCGCGCUAGCUUCGGUAUCCAGCUGAGACUCGAGAUCUGGGAAAUGGCAGGGAGUUAUUAUAGCCUCUUCUUCGGAUACCCUGUUCUCCCAUGGGGACCACCCGAUCUGGCGCGCAUAACUGUCGACACAGCGACGAGACGGAUCUCGGACCCAGCGCAGCGCAAUGAGUGUGGUGUCAGCGAAGGGGAUAUUGCGAACACGCGGGACUUUGUGACGCGGUUUAUGAAAGGUGUGAAUCCGUCGAUUCCUGUCUUCGAGUCGGUUUGUUUGCAGGGGAAUGUUUUUGAUAAUAUGUUCGUUCUCGAUCAGCUUCCUGAGGAGUAUCUUCGAGGAGCAGAGCCAGGGUCUGUGGUUUUGUUUACGGCCGGCUGGGCGAUGAAGUUUGUUCCGUUGGUUGGGCGGGCUUUGAAGGGGUUGGUGGUGGAUGGGAGGUCGAGGUAUGCGAGGGGAGAGUUUGCGGUUACGAGGAAAGAUGAGAGGGGAGAGGGGUUGAAUGAGGAGGUUUAG